AUGUGCCCGUCCGAGAGGCGGACGCUGUGGCACCGCUGGUCCCCCGUGCUCAUCAGCCUGGCCGCCCUGUUUUCCGAAGUGACCGAGGGCCGCGGCCUCCUGGAGAGCGUCCAGCGGUUCUCCCUGCUGCCCACCUACCUGCCGGUGACCUACCGUGUGCACGGCGCCGACGCGUCCUUCUUCCUGAAGGAGGCCGACCAGGACGUGAUGCGCAACGCCAGCCUGCAGUCCCGCGUGGAGUCCUUCCUCGUCCACCGCGCCCGGCGGCUGCCCGUGCUCAGCGCCAGCUACGGCCCCUUCUCCGCCCGCCAGGCGGUGCCGCGGGACCUGCUGCUGCCGGCCGGCGCCGUGGGUGCCCCCGGCGCGCCCGCGCUGGGCUGGACGCUGAAGGCCCACGUGCUGCGGGACCACAUCUACCCGGCCCGGCCCACCGUGCAGGUCCUGUUCCACGUCCUGGGCCGCGACUGGGCCGAGGGCAGCCCCGCGGAGCAGCUGCCCUGCCUGAGGGUGUUCGCCUUCCGGGAGACGCGGGCCGUGCGGGGCGGCUGCCGGCCGCGCGGCGAGCUGGGGCUGUGCGUGGCCGAGCUGCGGCUGCUGGCCAGCUGGUUCGGCGCCCCCGCGGUGGUGGCCGGCCGGAGGAAGCCGGGGCCGGCGGCCGAGGGCGGCACAGUGGAGCUGUACUACGCCGUGCACGCGGGCGAGGAGCGCGGGGACUGCGCCCGGGCGGCGGCGCAGGCGGGCGGCGCGGACGAGGCGGGCCCCCCGCUGCACAGGAUUGGGAGCGUGUUCCUGCACCAGGCGCACAGCCCGCCGCCGCUGCGGGAGCUGCGCCUGGACGGCAACGUGGCCGUCCACUACCUGCCGCGGACGGCGCGCCGGGGCGACGUGCUCACCUUCCCCGUGUGGGUCUCCAGGAACUGCACAGAGGACCACUUCACCCUGAGGGCCACCGUGAAGAAGGGCGUGCGCGUCGCCGGCGUCCGGGCCAGCGCCCCCUCCGCCUGGGAGGUCCGGGAGAGCCCGGGCCGCGCCGGCAAGUCCGCCCCCGCCGUGGUCGUCUGCCGCAGGAAGCCCGCCGGCCCGGGGGACAGGGCCGACGGCGGCGCCUCCGAGGAGGUCAUGCAGAUCGACGUGGAGGUCGAGGAGCCUGGCGACCCGCCGGCCGCGCAGCUGGUCACCUGGCAGGUGGAGUACCCGGGCGCCGUCACCUCCGACCUGGGCGUCUCCGAGAUCUACGUCAGGCAGAAGGACUUGAUCGGCGUCAUCCCUCUGGCCAUGGAGGCGGACAUCCUGAACACGGCCGUCCUCACGGGGAGGGCGGUGGCCGUCCCGGUGAAGGUGGUGUCUGUGGAGGAGGACGGUGCCGUGGCGGCCCUGCCGCAGUCGGUGGAGUGCAGGUCGUCGGACGAAGACGUGAUCAAGGUGUCCGACCGCUGCGACUACGUCUUCGUCAACGGGAAAGAGAUGAAGGGCAAGGUGGACGUGGUGGUGACCUUCAGCUACCAGCACCUCAGCGGGGCCCUGGAGAUGACGGUGUGGGCGCCCCGGCUGCCGCUGCACAUCGAGGUCUCGGACGCCGAGCUCAACCAGGUCAAGGGCUGGAGGGUGCCCGUCGUCCCCAGCGGCAGGCCGGCUCCGGACAGCGAGGAGGAGGAGGAGGACGCGGAGCGGCGGGCGCGGGGCUGCGCCCUGCAGUACCAGCGCGCCAUGGUGCGCGUGCUGGCGCAGUUCGUGGCCGAGUCCGCCGAGCCCGGGGCUCACCUGGCCCACCUGCUGGGCCCCGACUGGCAGGUGGACGUCACGGAGCUGGUGAAGGACUCCAUGCAGGUGGAGGAGCCGCGGGUCGCCCAGCUGCACGGGGGGCAAGUGCUGGUUGGCCGGGAGCUCGGGAUGACCACCGUCCAGGUCCUGUCCCCGCUGUCGGAUGCUAUCCUGGCCGAAAAGACCAUCACCGUGCUGGACGAGAAGGUGACCAUCACCGACCUCGGGGUGCAGCUGGUCUCGGGGCUGACGCUGUCCUUGCAGCUCAGCCCUGGGAGCAACAGGGCCAUCUUCGCCACCGCCAUGGCCCAGGAGCUCCUGCAGAGGCCCCAGCAGGAGGCGGCCCUCAGCUGCUGGGUGCAGUUCAGCGACGGCGCGGUCACCCCCUUGGACAUUUACGACGGGAAGGACUUCGCCUUGGUGGCCACCUCCUUGGACGAGAAGGUGGUGUCCAUCCGCCGGGACCCCAGCUCUGGGUGGCCCGUCGUGGCCGCUGCGGAGUCCGAGGGGCAGGGCGCACUGGUGAGGGUGGACAUGCUCAUCAGCGAGUCCUGCCAGAAGUCCCAGCGGAAGAGCGUGCUGGCCGCGGGGACCGCCCCCAUCCGGGUGAGGUUCAGCCAGAGCGACGCCAGCCCCAACGCCAGUGACAGCGGACACGCGGGCGCGGACGGGCGCCCCGGCGGCGAUGGCAGGGACGGGAGGCCCCGCCGGCCCUCGCAGGAGUGGGGCGGCCGCGAGGGCCCGUCCCUCGGCAGCCCCUCCGUGGGCACCAUGGGCGGGGGGCGGGCCACGACAGAGAGGUCCAGCUUCCCGAGGAAGCCCGGGCAGGAGGGCCUCUCCGACGGCCUCGGCGGCCGGCAGCCCGUGCCCCCCAGCCGCGCCCGUGUCCCCACGCAGGCGGGCGUCCCCGGAAGCCGUGGGGAUGGGGAGGAGAGCGGCCUCCCGCAGGCCUCCCGGGGGCUGAGCGACCUGGAGAUCGGCAUGUACGCGCUGCUGGGCGUCUUCUGCCUGGCCAUCCUGGUCUUCCUGUCCAACUGCGUGGCCUUCGCCUUGAAGUACCGGCGCAAGCGGGAGCCCCUCCCGGAGCAGGAGGGGCUGAGCCACCCCCAUGACUGGGUGGGCCUGAGCGGCCGGGCGGAGCUGCUGGGGAGCCACGCUGGUUUCCCCUCGUCCCCGGGCGAGCGCGUGGCUGCCGUGGACGGGGGCCUGGACCUCGAGGAGAGCAAGUUCCUGCUGGGCACCGGCUCCCAGCACAGCCUGGGCGGGCAGCUGUUUGCACCCGCGGGGCCCGCCGGCGCGGACGGGGACCGUCCCAGGGGCGAGCCCCCCACGUCCCCCACCUCCAAGAGGAAAAGGGUGACGUUCACCACCUUCACCGCCACCCCCUCGGAGGACAGGGGCCCCGCCAUGCAUGCCAUGGGGUCGGGCGGCGAGGACCGCGAGGACUGGGUCUGCCCGGCCCUGCCCCCCGGGGACGGCCCCCCGGCCAGGCUCCGGGACGGCGUGUAG